UUCCUCAGGGCGGCUGUAAACACUUGUUUUUUUUUUACUUCAGAGAAUAAACAAAACCUGCCUCUCCAACAUGGCGUCUUCAGGAUAAAGAAGAGGGACUAUGUACAGAAGCGGAUAUACAACGUUUUCCUCCAAAUACUCACGAUUUCUGGCGGAUUUUGAGUCUCCAACAACAGGGUAGAGAGUGAAGCCUCGGCGUAGGGAUACACAGCAACGAGAUGGGAAAUAUGAUACUGAUGGCGCUUCUGCUGGCUCGCCUGCCGACAGAGCUGCUUGCCGUCCAGGUGAUUGUUCCGGAGACGGAGAGAAGUACGACGCUGUUUGCCUCCGUGAUCAUCCUCUGCGAUUAUUCCACCUCAGCGAACGUUCAGGACGUCCUGGUCACCUGGAGGUUCAAGUCCUUCUGCAAAGACCCCGUGCUCGAUUACUACUCCACAGCUUAUCAGGCGUCUCUGCAGCUGGGUCAGGACCCGGCCAACGACUGCCCGGACCGGCAGCGCACGGUGCGCACGGUGAUCCAGAAGAGAGGCACCAAUGAGCCCAUGCUGGGAGCCGACUACAGAGAGCGCAGAAUCACCAUUCAGAACAAGGCGGACCUGGUCAUCACUGAGGUGAUGUGGUGGGAUAACGGCGUUUACUUCUGCUCCAUCGACGCUGCCGGUGACACUUCAGGGGACUCGGAUCGAGAAGUCAAACUCAUCGUGUACCACUGGCUGACGGUGCUGCUGAUCAUCCUCGGGGCUCUGCUGCUCCUCAUGCUGCUCUGCAUCUGCUGCUGUCAGUGCUGCCCUCAGAAGUGCUGCUGCUACGUCCGCUGCCCCUGCUGUCCUCAGACCUGCUGCUGCCCCGAGAAAGCUGUGAUGCAGCACAGGAUGAUAAAAGACGCUCAGAAGGCGAUGGGCCCCUGGAUGAACGGUCAACCCAUGUAUGCUCCCAUCGGCUCCAACGGCUCCUCUCAGGGCGUUCCCAUACUUUACUCAGGCUCGUACUCGGACUACCCCACCAAACAAAACUUUGCCAUGGCUCCCAUGCAGAUGUCCCCCAUGGACCUCCAGCACCAGCCACCUCCCCCUCCUCCACACCACGUGAACAGCAGCAUGCGUAGCAGCAAUCGAGGCUCCGGACAGGUGUUGGACUACCUGGAGAACCAGGUGAGGGGUCUGGAUGUGAGAGUCCCUCCGAUGGCUCAAUACUCUCAGCAACACAUGCUGCCGUUACAGCCUCAGUACCAGCACCAGCCUCAGUACCAGCACCAGCCUCAGCACCAGCACCAGCCUCAGCACCAGCCUCAGUACCAGCCUCAGCCCCCUCCUCCUCCUUCAGUUCCCUACACCCCGGGACCCCCCAGUAUGCUGUCAGCCCUGGAUGAGAUGGGGGUGCGAGGGGUGGAGAGAAGAGUGAUCACCCUGGCUCCCAUAAUCCAGCGUGUUCCCAGCUUCUCCUUACACUCAACACCUGGAAGUGGCGACAGAGCCCGAGGGGGUCCCAGGAUAUCCAGCCAGUCGAGCGGGAGCACCAACCGCUCGGUAGGGGGCUUCCUCCCCCCCCGCGGGUACAGAGACGCCUCCCCUCCCAGGCGGGGGAUCCUGCGUGAGAACAGCGACGACUCUGAAUGGGAGAACAGGCGAGCGAGAGCGCCACACAGGGGUUCGAGGAACGAGAGAGGUGGUUCGGCCGGGAGGAGAGGAGGGGGAUCCAGACCUCGAGCUCGCAGUCGAGACGACCUGAUGGAGGAGCUGCACAGCAGGGGGGUCCGCAGGGAGAGGAGCUACUCGCCCCCCCCACGACGCAAAGCCUCCUUGAGCUCAGACGACGAGGACAGCAGCGGCAGGAGGAGAGCAGGGAACGGGAAGGACUGGCCGGAGAAACCCCCGAGCUACUUCUCUAUCGAGAACCAGGCGGAGCGCAUCAACGGCCGGAGGAACUACAACCGCCUUUCUGAUAGAAGUUCCCGUAGCGGCACCAGCGUAGUCAUCUGAAGCAUUUCUAUCUUCUUCUUUUUUAAAUAAAUACUUUUCCCUGAAUGUUUCCAGAACGGUGAAAAUGAAGACAAGCAGUAGGUACUUUCAUCUGUUCAUCAGCGUGCAAGUAUAUCAUUGAUGAUGUAAAAUGUGAUCCUACAAAUAUCUUGUUCGAAUAGACUUUUGUUCUGUAUGUAAUUGCAAAUAAUAUGAAGUUAUAUUAAGCGUCUGUGAGACUCUUAUUCAAGCUGUAAAUGUGUUCCUUCUGGUGAUGGAUAAAGGUAUCCUCCUUUCUGGUGUUUGAAGUAAAGGAUUGUGUUUCAACAAUCAGAUUGGUGUAUACUGUUUAGUAAUAGGUUCAUUAUUGUGGACAUGUUCUGUGUGAGACAGAUUUGAUUGUUUUUUUAAUAAUUUCUCAUUUUUGAAUAAUUUCUUGUACUAUUUAAAGUGUCUUUUUACCUUCUAUCCAUAAUAACAUUAUAAGCAAUACAAUCUUUAUACAUCUGUAGAAAGACAGACUCAGGUAAUGAAGUUUUUGCAUGAACACCAACAGAUAAUUGUGAUUUUCAAUAAUGUUUGGUUACAAACAUGAAUAGAGAUGCAUGUGAUUAAAUGUGUUUGUUUUAAAUAAAUCUUUUUAUAUUCA